GGCAUCGAUAACCAACACCAACAGCAGAAGAAAAGGCUCUGGUUUCAGGCCAAGGUUGUUACCUCUUUUGUCGUCGACGGCGUUAACCUACUACUAGAGACAGAUUCUGAUCUCUCUAGCAUAGGGGAGGUACAUUAGUUGAAGAAGUGGCUGGUUAUCCAGGAUUGUUAUCUUUCUCUAGCUAGGGCUGGCUGCUGGCAUUCUUAGCACUCCUACCGACCAAAACAGCUACCACACCGAAGAUACCUCUGUUAUUGUUUGGCCCCCAAUACUCGGGUCAUCUCUACUAGCUGGAUUCAUUCCACUUCCUUGUUCGUCCAGUCCAAUCACCCAACCAAAUAACUCGUCAAGAUGAUGGCCGCGGCGCAAGCUGCGGCGGAGGCCGCGCUGAAGGAAGCUCUGGAGAGAGAAGAGCAGGAACAGGCCCAAAUGUCCGAGCACUACGACGAUAGCUCCCACUACGAUGACCUGGGAGGCGACGAUUCACAAAUGGAUGCGGCAGCUAUGCAUGCUGCAGCGAUGCAUGCGGCAGAGUUGGAGAUGCAGGAUCAACAGGAUCAGCACAUGAUGGACCAGGAGGAUCUUCGCCUCCUACAGGCGAUUGAGAUGCAACUGCAAGCCGGACAAAUGGACAUGGAGGUGCUGGAAGAGCUCCUGAGUGGACGAGCAGGAGUUUCGCCGGAGGUACAGCAAGCUCUCCUACAUAUGCUGGCACAACAGGAACAAGAGCAACAAUUAGCAGCGGCGGCAGUCAGUAAUAGACCCGAUGAGCACUACCUGACAGUGGCUCAGAAUGGAACGAUUCUAGAAGCAACCAAGAUGGCGACUGGUUUUCCGCCUGAUUCACUGUUGAUGUCAUCCGCGUACGACGAUGUUUAUGACGAAGAUCUACCGGGUCUGUUGUGUGUGAAAUCCAACUUCUGGGACAAGGGAGUAGGCGAUGUUCUGGCUUUUCUUCGUCGUAGAACUGCCGAAGGCGACUGGCUGUGGCUCGAAUCCAAGGCGGUGUCGUACGUGUCCCAACCUGUCCCGGGCAUAAUAUUGCACGAAUCCAAGGUGGAAGAUGAAGCCAUGGCGUUUGAGCUGAACCGACUCACUCGGAUAACGGCAAUCGUCGUGCAAGCCGUGGAAGCCGCCAAGCUUGGUGCCACGCCUUCCGGGGAAGCCACUGUGGCGUGCAUGGAAGAAAGUACCCGAGACCAUCAUGGAGAUCGACGAAACAGGGAACUGGCGGAAGGUAUCGACACCAAGGAACUUCUAGAACAUUUCACGGGAAACGGGGGUGCCCCUCCAACAAAGCUGGAGCAAGAGAUGAUUGAGAAGAUUGCUCAGCAACUUAAUCCCGGCAGUGACAAACGAGGAGGAAAGUCUGAUGGGAAGAAGGAAUCAUUUGACCCUUUCUCCAUGAUGGAAGCUGUAAGAGAAGGAGUGCGGUUGGAUUUGGGACUCUCAUAUUUGACUAAGUCGGAAGUCAAGAUGAUUGCCCUUGUUUUGAGUGGCAAAGUGUCCGUAGACGACGUGUGUCCACUGGUUUUGUCAGCGGUACGAAAAGGUGAACCUAUUGAAGAAGCUCUUGAUCGAUGUGCUGUCGAUGUUCCUUCUCAGAGAAAGAGAGACAGCUCUAAAAAGCCGGUGAGUCGGCUUGAUGCAUUACUCAACGAUGGUCAGAUUCCGUCGAAUUUUCCAUCUCCGCCACCCAUAUCAGUGAUCAAUUUGUCGUACACGUACAUUGGCAACAGAGGCAUCGAGCUGCUUGCUGAAGUCCUCUAUGCGGAACAAUCAGCGCUGAAGACUAUUGAUGUGAGUUUCUGUGGCAUCGAUGAAAAGGGUUUCAUAUCCCUGGCCAAAGCAAUACAGAAGAGGAAACGAAAGGGAGUACGGCCGCUGAAGGGGCUCCUGCUCUCAGGGAAUUACAUUUCAAGUAGGUCGGCCACCGAGAUAGGCAUGGCCCUCUCCCCAGUAACGAGCAGACCUCGAGUGCGGAGGCGAACCUACAGCAAGAAUCAAAAUAAGGGUGGAAACGAAACAGACGACGAAUUAGAUGAUUCUGAUUCUGACGAAGACGACGACUUUGAUUCUCCGAGUGGAUCCAAGAAGUCAAAGAGUGAAGACGGCGGUGAAGCUCCUGUCAGCAACGUCGGAAAAGGGCAGGGUCUAGAAUUGUUGCAUCUUAGCUCGACGUCCAUAACCCCAGAAGCCAUGAAUCAACUCCUUCAUCGCCUUGGUCCGCUCUGCCCGAUCCGAGAACUAAACUUGUCGUCGAACAAGCUGGAAACGGACGGAACGAGCGUCCUGGUUGAUUUCUUGCAGGGAGCCAAAGCGUCCGGCUCCAAGUCCAAGAGACCCGGUGUUUCGGCGCCCCAAGCUGUCAUGCCUCAUCUCGACAGACUCGAUUUGUCAAACAACAACCUGGGAGACGACGGAUGUAACAAGCUCACUCGCGCCAUUGCAAAGAGGACGAAGUCAAACUUUGUGGAGUUGAAACUGUCACUGAAUGAAAUUACCGGGACCGGAAUCGAGACAAUGAUGAACAAGCUUCUGCAGCACAACUUGGUCAGCCUUUCGUUAGAUAAAAACUCGAUUGGAGAUCAGGGUUGUCAGCUUGUGGCCGCCUCCCUUCAGAGCAUGAAGAGUCUUGCUCGAUUGAACUUGGGGUUCAACCAGAUCGGAAGUCGGGGCAUCGGAAGUUUGAUGAGGAGUCUCGUAGCCUGCGAAUCAAUAACCUACCUCGAGCUUUCCGGGAAUGUGUUGAAGAUAUCAGGUGCCGUUGCUCUGGCGUUCACUCUAGCCCAGCACCCUCGAUUAGAAGAACUGGAUCUUGACGAUUGCUGCCUUGGCCAAGCUGCUCAGUGUCACAUUGUUGCUGGCGUCAUCUCCAACAGAUGGGUUCCGAUGAAGCGUCUGAAUGGAUUCGCUGUCGGUCCUCCGAUGGUUGAAAUUGGUGCUCUGGAGGAGUACGCUCAAAGCCUGAGUAACGAAGAAUGCUUUAGGAUAAGGAAGGACGAGCAAAUGAAAACAAUCUUGCAUUGGAUGGAGAGCAACCGCGCUGCAAAGAUGAAAGGUUCCACUCCUGCUGGUAUGCCCAAUGCCGAUUCAAACGAUUUCCUGUCACCGGAUUAUGUCUCGAGCAUGAACGAAGCUCAGGGUGCACCUUCUCAAAACGCGUACCUGCGUCUUCUUGGUUGGCUGAGUCGGAUUCCGUUCGACGAGGACGAGCUCUCAUCGCUUCAAAAGUACUUCUACGAUGUUGAGACUGGGGACGGCGAUAAGGAUGGUGUUAAUCUGAAGCUUCGAGGAGAUCUUCUGGCAGCCUUGGAUAGCGAUGUCGCCCAUGAAAUUCGCGACGAAAUCCCUGUCUUCGAGGGUUGCAUCAUGGGUUCUGUUGGGUUGGAUCUACAUGAAGCGGGCUGUGUCAGGCCUGCCAGUUCAUGGGGCAUGCUCAAGGGAGAUUUCUCUGAGAAAAUGCCGGUCAUUAGGACUGUAGACGAUGAAGACGAAAAUGAUUUGGACGCAUCAAAGGAAUCAGCUGACUAUGCUAGACGAGGAGGAGGAUCGUCUCGAAUGAAGUCUCGCGACAGCAUGGGCUCGAUGGGAUCGAUGAGUGCCUCGUCUAUCAUGUCCGACAGCAAUCAAGAUGGCACCAGCGGUUCUGAGCGAAGCUUUAAUUCUCAUGGUUCCAUUCGAGGGCGGCGUCACAAUGCGAAGAAACCAAGAAUAACCAUGUUCCCAAUGUUCAAAGCCAAACUUGAAGAGCUGAAGGCAACAGCGGCAGAGAUGAUUGAGCUGGAGGAAGAUCCUGAUCAGCAGGAAGUCAUUUUGACGCAGUAUGCAGAAGCAUCCCUGACGAUUCUCAGACAACUUCGUUACCAUUGCAUGAAUAGCGGUCUUGACGGAUGGAGACACGGCGGCUUGAAGCGAAAGGUUUUGAUUGUGGACGACAGCAAUGUGACAAGGAAGCUUGUAUCUCGGGCAUUUGAAAAGGCAAACUUUAUUGUUGACACUGCAGCCGAUGGCGCCGAAGGAGUUGAGAAGCUGAAAAAGUCCAUUUACGACAUUGCUUUCAUGGACAUUGACAUGCCAGUGAUGAACGGAUUUGAAGCGACAAAGAAACUUCGUCAAUGGGAGGAUAAAUUCCGACCUGGUGCCAGACAACCGAUCUGUGCCUUGACAGCCGCAUAUGUUGACGACUUUGAACGAAGCGAGCUACUGAAAUUCAAGGACGCAGGUUUGGACGUUAUGGAGAGCAAGCCAUGCAAUCUUCCUCGUCUGUUCAAGGUUGUUGACGAUGUGUCGCCAAUGUUCAGCGACUUGAGCAUCAGCGUGAUUCAUGAAAAUUCGGUGAGCGUACAAUGAUACUGCUGAGCUAGAAAAGCAAAGACUGUACUGGAGUACCCAUUAUUAUUUCAUUUUUGGAGAGUAGCAGCAUCAACCAAAUAGAGCAAUCCCCGGUACGGUAGCAAUAAAAAGUAUAGCUAGAGUGUACUUAACUCAGCUACGUUGUGGAUGUUGUUGCCUCUCUACCGUACAGUAUCGUUCCCGCAGAAGCGCUUUCCAUAGCUAUCGCUAGCAAAUUGGUGGUCUUUCAGCUGUGCAACGCAACGGUUUUGAUGAAGAAGAUUAUUAGUUGUUUAGAAAUCACAAAAUCCUCAUUUCGAC